GCUGGUUCUCGGGCAGCCUACAGGCGGCUCGCAUGGCCCCCUCGCUUGCUUUGUGUGUGGAUUUCGGGAUUGUGUGGAUUUCGGGAUUGUGUGUGUGCGUGUGAGAGAGAGAGCGCUUUAGCGGCAGAAGAUUAUAUAGCGGGCCCAGGAAGCAGCCAUGUUGGAAUCGUCCUAAAAUAGACCAAAACCUCCAAUUGUAACCCGAACCCAAGUACUGCUCAGUCCAGUCGAGUCUCUCGAUCAGAAUUCCACAUCGGAAGCGUGCUCGCUAAUCUCAAGCGAGGCAGUGAGGAGAGUUCACCGUUCACCCCCAGCCCCAAGCGCUUUCUUUGUUUGUGUGAGGAUCACGAUUCUGUGUUCAGGGCUGUGUUUGUUGCGGCGUGUGUGUCGGGGAAGAGUUAAGUUCAAGAUGUCUAAACGAGCCAAGAAGAAUGAAGCGAGAGUGGAGGAUGCAGAGCCGGACAGCGGAGCAGGCUCGGAGGCUAAGCGCAGUAAGAAGACAGGAGGGAAAGCAGUCAAGGAGCCGGAAGCCCCAGUGCUGUACGAGGACUCUCCGGAUAAACUGAGCACCCCAGACGGCCGAGCUGCCAAUCUCAAAAUCACCUCCUGGAAUGUGGACGGGCUGCGUGCCUGGGUCAAGAAGAGCGGUCUCGACUGGGUGAGGGAGGAGGACCCUGAUAUCAUCUGCCUCCAGGAAACGAAGUGUUCUGAGAAGGCUCUGCCUGCUGAGAUCACAGACAUGCCUGAAUACCCACACAAGUACUGGGCUGCCUCUGACGAGAAGGAGGGCUACAGUGGGGUGGCCAUGCUCUGCAAGACCAAGCCCAUCAACGUCACCUUCGGAAUCGGCAAGGAGGAGCACGAUAAGGAAGGCCGGGUCAUCACGGCAGAGUUCCCUUCCUACUUCCUGGUGACGGCCUACGUUCCCAAUGCCGGCCGCGGCCUGGUCCGGCUGGAAUACCGUAAGGGCUGGGAUGUGGACUUCCGAGCCUACCUCACCGAGCUGGACCAGCGCAAGCCCCUCAUCCUGUGUGGGGAUCUCAAUGUAGCCCACCAGGAGCUCGACCUGAAGAACCCCAAAACCAACCGCAAGAGCCCCGGCUUUACCCCCGAGGAGCGGCAGGGCUUCAGCGCUCUGCUGGCCGCGGGUUUCGUGGACAGCUUCCGCCAUCUCUACCCAGAGCGCCCGGGCGCCUUCACCUUCUGGACCUACAUGAUGAACUCACGCAGCAAGAAUGUGGGCUGGAGGCUCGACUACUACGUGCUGUCCCAGGCCCUGCUGCAGAACCUCUGUGACAGCAAGAUCAGGUCCAAGGCCAUGGGCAGCGACCACUGCCCCAUCACACUGCACAUGACCCUGUGAACAGCACUGCCCUGUCACACUGCACGUGACCCUGUGACCCCUGCCUCAUCACACUGCACGUGACCCCUGCCUCAUCACACUGCACAUGACCCUGUGACCCUGCCCCCUCACACUGCACAUGACCCUGUGACCCCUGCCCCAUCACACUGCACAUGACCCUGUGACCCUUGCCCCAUCACACUGCACGUGACCCUGUGACCCCUGCCCCAUCACACUGCACGUGACCCUGUGACCCCUGCCCCAUCACACUGCACGUGACCCUGUGACCCCUGCCCCAUCACUGCACGUGACCCUGUGACCCCUGCCCCAUCACACUACACGUGACCCUGUGACCCCUGCCCCAUCACACUACAUGUGACCCUGUGACCCCUGCCCCAUCACACUGCACGUGACCCCUGCCCCAUCACACUGCACAUGACCCUGUGACCCCUGCCCCAUCACACUACACAUGACCCUGUGACCCCUGCCCCAUCAUACUGCACGUGACCCUGUGACCCCUGCCCCGGCUCACUGGACAUCAUUUAUAUAUAGCUCUAAAUGAACAGGAAGUCAUUUCGAGAUAUCUUAAAUUGAAUGUCAGAUAUCUGAAUUAUUUAAGCUGUGUUCAAUUCAAUGUUUUUGAGAUAUCCUAAAAUGAUUUAGGAUAAUUUUAGAUAUCUCAUUUAAAGCUAUAUAGAAAUCGGUUUCAGAUAUCUCUAAAUGUAUUUGAGAUCUCUUUAAAUAUUUGAAGAUAGAGAUCAUUUGGAGAUAUCUUUAAAUGAAUGUGUGAUCUCUCUCAGUGAUAAUUUGGCUUGCCAUGGUGCGCAGGGUCCUGUUUGUUUUCUAGGGUGUGCAGAAGACAAGGGGCUCUGAGUGGGAAGGUGCCGUGCAUAAUCUGCAAAACUACAGGUUGGGAUAGGUGCUCUUUCGAGGCCUUUUACCCUCUAGAAUAAAAUGCUCUGCAAUUUGUAAGUAACGUCACGCAACCAGUGUGUACAAGGUGAUAGCACUCAUGUGUAACACAGGAUUUGUUGCUAUUUUUUCAAACCUUCAUUCGACGAGAUGGAAGCCAGUCUGUGCUGGGCUUGCUUGUGCCAGCCAGGCCCAGCACUGCUCUUCUCACUAUGCUUUCCUUUUACAAACCUUUAGUUGGCUACAAGACUCAAGUUUCUUAUAGACCUGUAAGGAUUUUAAAUUUAUUUUAAAAUAUUGCAUUUGUGAAAUCUCUGUAUUGCCAAGUCUGCAAGGCAAUGUCUUUUCAAACUGCUCUUUAAAAAAUGCAGAUACUGCUUUCAAUAUUCUUUCAAUAUUUUUGUAAUGCCAUGAUUUACAACAAUAAAGUUUGAAAAUAAAAA